UAUGGCCAUUUCGUUAAUAUAUUUUAAUUACUUCAACGAAGAUGCAACAUUUGCCGAUGGAUAUUCAAGUCAAAAUGAUGACACUUCUGGUUCUGUUAUCAGUAAAGACAUCUUACUUUCCUACGCUACUGACAUGCCUCUUACUUUUUUUGGUUUGAACAAUUCCACAAGCAAUCGUUUUAACAAAACUUCUUCGGACACCGAAAAUAUUGAUGCAAAUGCACAGGGACUUAAUACUAUCACAUCAUUUACGGAUUCUAACGAUAGUCUGGAUGUUGUUCCUUUAUUUGACGUUGGAACUUCUCAAAAUGUUGAACAUAUCAAUUCUUCUAUAACCGGCAUUGAUUCCUCGUUAGACGAAACUGUUUCGAAUGAAAGCUGUAUUGAUUGGUGUUUUAAUGGAGUUACGAGCAUUCUCGGCUCUGACAAUCUACAAGACGAGUUCGACUUGGGUUCAACUCCCAGAAAUAUUGAGCAAGAUAAUUUCGGGAUUGACGACAAUGUUCUACAAACGCCUUGGGAAGAAAGUACUACGGAAUCUUUCAACUUUUCCACGAAAGAUGUUAAUGAAAAUAUUUUAGAUGGAGAGGUACCAUCAUAUCCAAACAUGUCGCACAAUACUACUUCUACACAUAUACAUCUUUUGACCCAUGAAAAAAUGGAUAGCUCAAAUGAUAUUAAUUAUCAUAACGAGACAACUCAACACCGUAAAGAAACGAUUGCUCGAGAUGUAACCUUAGACGAUUUUAUGAACGAACAUCUUAAUGACAUAGUUGUAGGGAGUCCGCUAAAGUUUAACAUUAAUCAAAUGGCUCCUUCAUUAGGGUUAAAAAUAAUAAGAAAGCUUGAUUUUAUCAUUAAAGAAAACGGACUUGUCAUUGACAACUACUUCCCUCGUAAAAGCAUGGCUCGAGUUAAAACUGAACCGAAGAGUUUAACAUCAAUUAAACAAAUUACGAUAAAUGAGGAAUCCAAUGAAAGACAAGUAGGGAACCGAAGGAAAAAACCAUUAGUAAAUUGUAAAUUGACUAAGACUAUUCAGAAUGAUGGACUAACCGAAGUAACUGAAAAACAAAUUUUCAAAUGGCCAGAAUGUAGUAGACAAAACAAAAAGCAUGAUUCUUCUAAAAAGAUUUUAAAAGGAAAUGACAAACGCUAUUGGAAAAAUGGAUUUAUGCUCUUUGCCAGCAAAUAUAGAAAGCCAUAUUCAAUUGCCAUGCGGUCUGGUGCUCUACCGAAAACAAAGAACGUCAUGAGUGCGCUCUCAAGAUUGUGGACAUCUAUGCCUUCUUCUAAGAAAAUAGAAUAUAAUGCUGUAGCAAGACGAGAAAAUGAAAUAACUCCGGAAAAAUUAUAUCAUGUAGUCGAGAGUAUAUCACCAUUAAAGUCACCCGUUUACGAAGGUUUAAAAAUUCCGAAUGCUAAACUAAUUGAUGCAGAAUCUGAGCAAAUUGUACCUCAAAUGGGCCUUGCUGAAGAAGAUGACAAAUACCAGACGAGUAAAUUUCCUGCCAAAAAUACACUACAAGGAUAUGAUAAAUUAGAAGAUUCAGACAAUUUGGAACUGUCCGAUGAAAUUGUUGGACGAAUAAGUAAUAUUCUUGAAAAUUCAGUUGACGGUGCUGACUUUCUUGAAAUGUUGGACACUACACCGAAGAAAGUUGAAUAUAUUCCAGAGGACGUUCAAAGCAAAUUUAAAAGUAAGGACAAUUAUAAAAGAAAACAAGCCAGAAAAUGUUUAAAUUUCGAUGAUCUGAUUGUAAGUCGACCUAAUGCGAUAACCUUGCCACGGGAUGAAUUUUUGGAAUCUUAUAUUCCUCCUGAAGAUCAUAUUAUUCCCGACUCAUAUGACUAUGACGAAGGUGUUGAGAGAUGGAAUUGUGACGAAAUUUGCAACGUAAACGAAGAACUGCUGGAUAGUACGAAGAGACCAAAGCUCAGUAUAAAAAGUGGUUUUGAAGUCACGACUACAGGAUUUCCUAAUCAACCAGUUCGUGUGGUGAAGACUCCAAAUGUGGUGGUAAAAAAAUCCAAUCCUCUAAAACGUCCUUUAUCCAGUGCAAAUGAAGAAAUUGACGCUUUUGAGCAAGUAAAGAAAUUUAAAACCUCUGAGGAAGAGGCGAAUGAGAUUCAAUGGAAAUUAUUGGAAACUCAAGAGAUUACUACUGAUACUGAAAAUGAUAGUGGAAAGAAAAUCGAAACUUCUAACGCAGAGAAUAUGAAUCCAAAAAUAAAAAUUGGAUUGGAGAUAGAAGGCGACGGAAUAAUUCCAUUAUUACAAGUUACCAAUUAUUCUAAUGCGGAUCGCCAAUCUACAUUGGAUGGUAGCUGGUUAAAGCAAUGA